UUAGCUGAGUUCCAGUUGCAGUCCGCUCGCUUAACGAUGGACACACAAACGCGGCUCCGUGUCUACGUUGUUCUCUUGAUCUCUCUGCUUGAAACGGGGCUCUGUGGAGGCUGGUCGCUGUCUCAGGCGGGUCUCCACAACUCCAGUUACAACGUGCGUCACUUGUCCACACACUUUUCGCGAGUGUUUCUCAGCAUAAGCGUGGAGCAUAAUGACUUUCCCACACUGAUCGAAGCACAGUGGCCCGUUUCCUAUUUGCCCAUGCGCACGGUCAUCUUUCCCAACAGCGAAGUCCAUGCAAAUAAGGCUGAGCUCAAGACGGACUGCACGCGUCUGCAACAGGCACAUUGGUCACAGGUGGAUAGCCUGAGCCGUCUGUGGGUCAUGGACGUGGGCUGGCCAAACCAUGAAUGUGCGCCCAAGCUACUGGUCUUCGAUUUGAUACGGAACAAUGCUGAGCUGUUGCGCAUCGAUUGUGGUCAGCACAUUGAGGCCAAUGCCACACAGAGCCUGGUGGUACAUCUGGGCCCCAAGCCAAGUAGCUGCGAACUGGAGCGCCACAUCUUCUUUAUAUUGGAUGGCCAACCGCAUAUCUUGGCCUACGAUAUACUAGAACAAACCUGGCAUCGUCGUGAGCUACAAAGCAAAAAAUAUGAAAACAUGAGUCAGGCGUUUGCCAUCAAGCCAAUUGACUUUACAUUUGGUGUGCAGGGCGAACUGAUUGUCUCGGAUCAAGAUGGUGCACUAUUCAGUUCCAUUAAAAGGCUGCAAUUAAUAGGCUCCACACAAGCCACUGUGUCCUCCUCCUCCUCCGCAUCGGAUAUGCUGCACAUACAGCUCACUCGACUGGGCAGUUUGUUGGGCCCCAGUCGCAGCAUGAUAAUGGAUUACUUCGGAGCACUGUUCUAUGUGAUGCCCAAAUUUGGCGCAGUUGUGCGUUGCGCUCAGCUGGCAAAUUUAACCGCCGAGGGUAAUGAGAUUAUUUAUUUAACCUCUAAGAAUAUACAGCAAAUAUUCUUUGGAGUAGAAGGCGCCGUUUGGGUGCUCAGCGAUCGUGUGCUUAAGCCGCAAGACAUUUGCUAUCCGGGCCUAUGAAAUCAAAAUGUGCAGAUGAUAAGAUGGAACCAAAACUAACGGCACUUGCUCAGCUGUUUAGUGUGGGUGAACGUGAAAAUUAUCGAUUAGUGGCGCGCCAAGCAAUAAACAUCGAUAAGAGAAAAACUAUUAAA